AUGCUUGCAGCUUACGAUUACCACCCCUCCAACGUGUAUAGCAGGCCAAAUUAUUUUUGGAUGGACAUUACACACGUGAGAGAUAUGAAGUUGAUGUACCACAUCACGAGAUGUUUCAUCAACCACUGGAUAAAAAGACUAAAUAUGAGCGAGUACAAGAUGCCUACGCUAUAUGUCCAAGAAAUGCCACCACGGCCCAAGUCAGAAAUAGGUCAACUCGACAUUGAGUAUACAAUUCUAUACCCUUUGAUGUUCAUCGGCAUUCUGAGUUUUACAGCCUCAGCCAUCGUUCAAGAGCGUGAGUCGAAGGCUAAGGAGUCCAUGAAACUGAUGGGUCUCAACGAGUCGGUGUACUGGCUCUCCUGGUGCAUCUCGUCCUUCUUGUCCGGUCUCAUCGUCUGCAUAUGCGCAAUGCUUGUCAUGACGCGUCGGUACCCGAAGGGAUACGUUUGGUCGUCUCCGGCGUCCAUCGUCCUGACGCUAGAGCUGCUCUUUCUACUGGACACCAUCACCGCCGCCUUCCUCUUGUCGUGUCUCAUCAACAAAGGUAGAAACGCCUCAAUCAUAGCCAUCAUCCUGUACCUUAUCCUAGAAAAUAGCGCCUCCCCUCUGAUAGCGUGGGUCGUGGACCAAAGGCUGCUGCUCUAUCUUGUGGGGACGGUCACCUACGGUCUCGGCUUCUUCCUGGCUAUCGACGUGGUCUUUCAGAAGGAGGUCAAAGGUUACACGUUAGACUGGGACAACAUACACCGCAACUACCAGCAGCCGAGCCAAACCUUCCAGGACGGCCUGGUGCUGAUAGCGCUAAACAUCCUCUUCAACCUCUUCUGCUGCUGUUGGAGUGCCAAAAGCAAUGGAUUUUAUGUGUAA